CGGCUAGACAACGUGCCGGGUGUUGUAGUGAAGGAUACAUUGACAUCAUCUCCGUCAGCCAUGUGUUGAAGAGCCGAAUAGCAAGAGGAGACAAACAGACCCUAGGCCAUGAGGGUUUGAGUCAACCAUGGUAGAGGGAAGUGCCUAUCAUGAGUUGUUCAAGCGAUAUGCACGACGCCCGUUCAGACUACGUAAGAAGACGACGCCUCUGCUGCCUCCGUCGCCGUCUACCGCCUCCACCUCUGCCGCCUCCACUGCCCCCGCCGCCUCCACAACUUCAUCCCCUCCCACCAUGGCAGCUGUGACAGACAGCAACGAUGUCUGGUGGCUGCUACCUGAGAUCCGAGUGUUCCCGACCAAUCAGACAUUGGACCCGACCAACUCCAUGCUGGCGACGAACGGUACCAACCCCAGCACUGACUGGGAAGAGAUGUUGGCAACUGAUGGUUUCGACUCUCUCUACUUCCCCAACCUCACCGUCUCAAACCUAACCAUGGACUUUAACACGACCAGGAUGGACGGGGAUGAGGUGAACCUUGUCACAGCCAUAGCGCUGGGCAUCGUCCUGGGACUGAUGAUUCUGGCAACCAUCAUAGGUAACGUAUUCGUGAUCGCAGCCAUUCUCCUAGAGAGGAACCUCCAGAACGUCGCCAACUACCUGAUCCUCUCCUUGGCCGUGGCUGACCUCCUGGUGGCCUGCCUGGUCAUGCCUCUAGCAGCCAUCUACCAAGUCAGUCGCCACUGGACACUGGGACCCGAGCUGUGCGACCUGUGGACUUCGUGUGACGUACUGUGCUGCACGUCCUCCAUAUUACACCUCGUCGCCAUCGCACUCGAUAGGUAUUGGGCGGUCACAAACGUGGACUACAUCCACAAAAGAACAGCUCAGAGGAUAGGAAUCAUGAUCCUGAUCAUCUGGGUGGUGUCGUUCCUCGUGUGCAUCGCCCCUCUCCUAGGAUGGAAGGAUCCUAUGUGGGAAGAGCGCAUCACGCUACAACAGACAUGUCUGGUGUCCCAGGACAUAGGAUACCAGAUAUUCGCCACCGCCUGCUCCUUCUACCUGCCUCUUCUGGUCAUCCUGGCGCUCUACUGGAGGAUAUUCCAAGCGGCGAGAAAGAGGAUUAGAAGGAGGAUGACGGCAUCGGCGGCAUCCUCAGCGGGAAGUUCAAGAGUACCUGCAGGAGGCGGUGUUAUGGCUGGGCUGUGUGCUGCUGGGGCGGCUGGUGGCAGUGGAGGUAUUGCAGCAGCAGUAGUAGGUGUCAUAGGACGACCAUUACCAACCAUCUCGGAGGCAACCACCACAACCACAACCACAGCUUUCACCAACGUCUCCUCCACCAACACAUCUCCGGAGAAAGGCUCCUUCGGAAACGGUCUGGAGGCAGACCCUCCCACAGUAGACCUGGGCUCCUGCCAGUACCAGCCUCCACCUACACUCUACCCGCCGAAGAGAAAGACCAAGGAAAACGCCGACUCCAAGCGCGAGCGCAAAGCUGCAAAAACUUUAGCCAUUAUUACAGGCGCGUUUGUCAUUUGUUGGUUGCCGUUUUUCAUAAUGGCCAUCCUCCUCCCUAUCUACAACGGUAGUAAUUUUCCUCCUUAUAUAAUAGCGUUUUUCCUCUGGCUCGGGUAUCUCAACUCCAUGCUUAACCCUAUCAUUUACACCAUCUUCAGUCCCGAGUUCAGGAACGCCUUCAAGCGUAUCCUGUGUGGCAGAAGGAGUUCGAUACGUCGAAGACAUCGUCACAUGGGAGUCCGAUACAUGCACUGAUGGUGGCGAACUCCUCCGACGGUCGUGGAGCUGGCGGCUCGCACGAUUGGUGACCACAGGUUCUAGAAGACGUUUGAAGCAGAUCCAGUACUUAUGCAGUACGGUCCUGUCCUUCAGGCCUCAGAGGUGCACUUCUUAAACAAAGGUACUUUAUGUCGACAGAUCCAAUACACUUAGGUAUACCUGACACUUGUUCGAGAAGAACACCUCUAAAAAUCAAUGGAAAUCAUCGGCCUUUACGAUCGUCGGACAAAGGGUCUGAAGGUACAAUCUCUGUUCACCCAAAGCCUUUUAGUAGCUUUCCAUUGUUUUCUUCUAAACCUCUUUUUCAGUAGGGUUUUCUAAUGCGUUUAAACACAUCUUAAGUGGAUAACCACCAGCCAGAAUGUGAAACCAAUGUCAACUCAAUAAAAUAUUUAGUUAUCAACCGUUAAAGCAGGGUUUUUUCAAAUUACGAGGAAAUAUAACACAAUGCAAAAAAAAAAUAAUAACAUUCGAAAUCACCUAGGCCCUAAUUAUAUCGUUUCAAAUUCUUUCAUAAUUUCCAGAAUUUACAUCUUAGGUGUGUUGAAAAAAGAAAAAGGGGUUCAGAACAAGCAUCGUAGUAUAUAAAUACUUUACAUUUAUACUUGAUGAACAUUAUAUACAACAUAACCAUGACCUCCUUAACUCUCCGUUUAGGGGACUGAGUCCAAAGGGCCUAGACAACUGUAAAGAGAUUUUUCAAUUAGGAUUACCACAAGCCCCAUUGUUAUCUUAAUUGGGAAAUCUAAAUCUUACAUUGGAAAUUAAAGCAGAUAAAAGGCAGCCAAUGUAAGAGGAAAUAUUUUUCAAGUGGUCUGUUAAAAGAAUGUAUCAGUAUAUUUUUAUUAAGUGUCUCAGUCCCCUAAUCAUAAGAGUCUCGACUGUGAUCCUAGUAGAUAUUUUCGUCAUGAAACCAACGACUUAAUAGUAAGUGUUAAGGUUAUCUCAUUGUCUAGAUAAUAUAAAUAUUAGUGUUAUUUGUAUAGAGUUUUAUAUUGAAGUUGUUCAAAUUAUGGUUGUAUCUAUAUUGUCACCACAUAUUUGAAUUGAGAUUAUGAUUUUAUUUUUAUGAAUUCGAUACGUAAACAACAGUCUUGUAUUAACUGAAUGCGUUUCUUUCUUUUUAGUUUACCUAAACUUGAAAGGCAACUUCAAUUAUCGAUAUUAUAGUCAGAUACCUAUGGGAAUACUCCAGAUCAGAUAGCAAAAUUUAUGUUUUAAAUAAAUCAAAUUAAUAUUAUAAUCAAGCACCUGAUCACAAACAAUUUUAAUACAAAAAUGUUACACAUAUUUUUUACAAAAUAUAUAAUUACAUUUAUUUAUUAUAAUUCAUUAACUUUAUACAAAUCUUAUGUGAAAAACUAAGUCAUUUGUAUUAAAAGCACUUUUCAUUUUCCUUCACUUAGGUUAUGUUAUUUUUUUUCAAUCUGAUCAUAUGCGAGUGACCAUCAUGUUGUACACCAAUGUGUUUCUAAAUAAAUGUAUAGAGUUUGCAGCAAUACUUAAGUACCCAUAGAUUAUCUUAAGAGGAAGGCUCGAAGUUGUACAUAGUGAUUAACAAUCAAUAGUCUUGUAAGAAAUUGCACAUGUAAAUGUUGAAUCUAUGUGUUGUUGAAUAAAUUAAACUACGGGUAUUUUUCUAUGUGAGUAGAUAAAGUUUUCUCGGGAUGGUAUUUUCUUUUACUAUAGUUUUUUUUUACAUCCCAUUAGCUCCUGUUCCUCUUAGUCAAAUAUGAAUUAAUCAUAAUAGGUUUAUGUUUUUAGUCAUGAACAGGAAAGUUUGUGCGAAGUUUAAGAAAAUAAAUACAGUUUUAGGAAAAACUUAGUUUUUAAUCCUACCUCCUGAAAAAAUAGUUGUUCUAACAUUUCAAAGUUCAAAAAAUUAACUAAUUGCAAAGCACACGCUUUAUUAAAGUAGACAACUUA